AUGGGCGGCAGUAGAAAGUGCAAUCAAAUUGCAACGGUUAACUUCCGUGACAUCACAUUCAGCGACUCAUCGAUUUGUCGAGACGCGUCAAGUGAAAAGCCGAAAACACGAGGAAAUUCGGCGUCGAAUUACCGCGCCAAGAAAAAUCGGCGCGCCCUCAAUUAUGACAUCUCCACCAAACGCGCACUAUAUCCUCAUACCUACUUUCGCUAUUUUCCGCGCACUCGCAAACUGCAUAUAAUGUCCGAGGAGAGCACCAACGAUUCGAUAUAUUUUUCGACUAUUCGCAGUCGUCAUACGACUGAUCCGUUUUUCACUGACGUCGACGCCGACAAUGAUCCGAAGCCGUCCGGCAAAAUUCUACGCUAUCCUGAGUACACCGAAUGCCCUAUUAAAAUUCCCACAAGCGUUCCGUGUUUGACAUUGUCGAAGUUGUCGUUCUCGAGAGAUUUGAGGAGUUCCACCGAUAAAGUGCUGUUGAGACUCCCAAUAUUGAAGCAGGAAUUCUACGACAUCAAUUUCGAAUUGCGUAGUGGCGAUGUGAUGGCAUUAAUGUAUACAAGAGAAUCCGAAAUGGAGUGCCUAUUGAAGGUCAUUGGUGGAAGUGCCGAGGUGCGCGGCAAAAUAAGCGGCGAGAUUUUUGUGAACGGCCAUCGAAUGAGCAAAACGCGUCUGAGUAGAACGAUAGGAUUGGUGUCUGCUGAAAUGCCCAGCUCCUAUCUUACGAUUAGGCAGUAUAUGGUGGUCAUGUGCAGCAUGUAUCCCCCACCAUCAUCAAAGCAUUAUGGAGGGACGAAUCAUUUGAUCAAUAAACUGAUGACUGAUAUGGGUUUGAUGCAAGUCGCGUCAAUUCCAUGCCAUCGCGUCAAUCGCUCACAAUGGCAGCGUGCACGAAUCGCCGCGCAAUUGGCAAGAGAUCCAGCGAUACUCAUUUGCACCGACAUUUUGAAAGAUAUCGAUUUACACGAUCAAUGCUUCUUGAUCGACUAUGUACGCGAUUGGGCGUUGAAGACCGAUCGAAUAGUGAUAAUGGCAAUCGCGGCGACGUCGCCGCAAUUGCUCGCCAUGUUCUCGACGGCCAUGAUAUUCGCGUCGGGCCGCGCGAUUUAUGUCGGACCGCCGAAAUACAUGCAAGAGUAUUUCGAAUCGAUUGGAUGCCCCUGUCCGAUGUACAAGAAUCCGUGUGAUUAUUAUGUCGACCUUGUUACACACGAUAUUCUUACGUCGGAUGCUUCAAGAGAGUCGUCUAUUCGAAUUGCUCGACUCAUCAAUAAAUGGAAUCAAAUGAAGCCGAUAAUUCAUCGGUCUGUAAGUGGCAAUGUGCUUCUCGAUCUUUCGCGAGCGAAUUUUCUCAAAAUUUCAUUUUCUCUAUUAUGCCUUCAUUGGUUCUAUUUUCGUCGAAAUCCCGAAAUUUCAAUGAUUUUUGUGAUUUUCAUGAUUUCCACCGUUUUAUCAUUCCAUUUCUCGGAGAUUUCGUUGAAUGUUCCUCAAGCAUUUUGGCAGCGAUACGAUUUUAUCGAAAUGGUUUUAAGUGCCGGACUAUUCUGGAAAUUAUUUGAACUCGCCGAUUAG